UGGGGUGUUUUAUCAGUAGGGCGGCAUUGUUCACUAUUCAUCAUUUCUUUGAACAUAAGAUAUAUAUAUAAAAAUUAUUCACUACUAGUAGUUAAAGGGAGGAAGAACAAACGCCGCACCUGCGCUUAGGAGAAGUUUGGAGUUGUUUCAUUCGUGUUUGUUGCGGGCAGGCGAAGUAUCAGACUACACACCAUGCGAUACCCUUACAGUCACUGAGGAGUUUUCAUUAGAGUGCCAUCGCUGAAUAACCAAAGUCCAUCAUAUCUGCUGGAAGUAGACGCAUUUAACCCUACUACACCAAGACAACAUUACCUGGACUACUCGCACAGACGGAAUGACUCCCGAUAAAGCCUCAAUAAAAACAUUAUUCACUUUUCAGCUGCUUCUUCGCGUCGUCUCAUCAAGUGGGCUAGCAGAUGAAUCUCAUCUGCCUGAUCCACAGCUGCUUCCAGCAGGAGACACACACCUUCAGCAUGUUGGUGGCUCUCUCACACUCAUCUGCAGGGGAUCUAGUCCGCUGCACUGGAGGCUGGCUCACAGGAAUGUGUCAUCUGUACAGGUCGAGCCGUGUGAGGAGAGAAUGCACAAGCACUGCAGCAUGUUGGUUAUACACAACCUAAUGCACAACGACACUGGUUUCUACACUUGCAGUCACCGCAAGUCCAAGGAUCAUGAGGUCUCCACAUAUGUUUUUGUUAAGGAUAACAGUCAUCCAUUUGUGGAGGCUUACAGUGAUUCACCACACUUUCUUUAUGCAUUGCGGGAUGAUCCUUAUUUAGUGAUCCCCUGCAGAACAACAUCCCCAAACCAAGAUGUUAUCCUUAAGACUAUUAAUCCUAUGGCAGAUCAUAUAAAAGCUGCGAUGGACUGGGAUCCAAAGAGAGGUUUCAGGAUCCCAUUGGCCCCUUUUGACCACUACUACAUGAUAACAUGUGUCACCAGUGUGGAUGACAAGCAAUUUUCAUCAAACUACGGACUUUUAAGGAGAACCUCAGUUCUGCAGAAUGUUCGCAUUGAACCAGAACGUGUAAAAGUACUAGUCGGUGACUCCCUAGAUCUCAGUUGCUCAGGAGAGACCACCUUCAAUGGCAGAAUGGAAUUUGAGUGGCAGUUCCACAAGGGCCCGAUCUAUCGCCCUCACCAAACAAAGAGGACUAGGGACAAACCUAAAAAAAUCAUCGUAAUGACUGAAACAUUAAUUUUACCUAAUGUAACAAUGGAGGACAAGGGCACGUACAAGUGCAUUGUAUCUAUGAUAGGAUCAACUGAGGAAAAAAGGCUGCAAGCUUCAACUAAAGUUACUGUAUACGAACAUCCAUUCCUCAAUGUCACCCAUAAUAAAAGCAAAUUCAUCACUGCUAUGGAGGGUAGAAAGGUGCAGUUUGAGCCACGGGUCAAUGCCCUGCCUGCGCCAGACAGAGUGAUAUGGUACAAAGACGGAGUUGCCAUUUCAGAAAAUUUCACAUGCUAUGAGACAAUGGGCUAUCACCUCACGAUAAAAGAAGUGAGGCAGAAGGAUGCUGGGAUCUUCACUAUCGCAUUGUCAAACCAGGAGAAGGGGCUCUAUAGAAACCUCAGCUACAAGCUAGAAGUCAGAGUAAAGCCAAAGAUAGCUGAGGAAGAAGUGGCUCAGGUGGGCCCCCAAACUUACAGAUAUGGCCAGAAUCACAAGCUAACCUGCACUGCAUUUGGUAUCCCCAUGCCAAACAUUACCUGGUUUUGGCAGCCAUGUGACCCCAGCCCUGAGUUCACACAAUGCAAACUUCACACUGAUCCACUUCCUGUUGGAAACUGCACAGAAUCACUGAAUUAUCCUCAUAAUCUGAUUAAGGAAAUCAGCAGCAAUGUUGGAGUGCUAAAAAGCAAAAACAAGACUAUAAGCACCCUGGUGGUGAAAGCAGCUAAUGUGUCCGGGGUCUACUCCUGUACAGCCAGGAAUGAACUUGGGAACCAGACCAUGAGAAUCCCUUUCUAUGUAGAUGAUCAUCCACAACCUUUUGAAAUUGAGCCCUCGACAGCCGUUGUAGGAGAUGACAUAACAUUGACUUGCAGGGGCACAAGAUUCCUCUAUGAUAGGUUGAGUUGGCACGAUCCACUGGGCCACACAGUGCCAAAUAGCGAAACCAUUCUUCGGAUCCAGCCGUACACCAUAUCUUUGUUAAUCACACUGCCAAAUGUCUCCAGAAAUCACACUCUGGGCUAUGAGUGCCAAGCUGUCAAUGCCAUCUACAAUAAAGUGGUCAAUACAACAUCUGUUUUAACUAUUGAUGAUAGGCAAGUGCCUUGGCUGAUGCAGAAUUUGACCAAUCAGGAUGUGAACAGCAGUAGCACCCUGACAUUGGCCUGCCUGGCUCAUGGUGUGCCAACCCCUUAUAUCACGUGGUACAAAGACAAGAUUCCUGUCACAGAGGGACCAGGAAUCAGUCUAAAAUAUGAUGGGACUCUGAUCAUUGAGAGGGUGAAGAAGGAUGAUGAGGGCAUGUAUGAAUGUCACGCCAGCAAUGCUGAAGGUAUAGCAAUAUCCAGUGCCGUCAUUACUGUAGUGGGAGAAGACGGCAAACCAAACAUUGAGGUUAUCAUCUUGGUGUGUACUGGAGCAGCAGCAACAUUCUUGUGGAUUAUGCUCAUUCUCUUUAUCCGUAAAUUGAGAAAGCCAAGUUCAGCAGAUUUAAAGACUGGAUACCUGUCCAUCAUCAUGGACCCAGACCAAAUCCCCCUUGAUGAGCAUUGUGACCGUCUGCCCUACGACAGCAACAAAUGGGAGUUUCCUAGAGACCGCCUUAGACUUGGUAAAACUUUGGGACAUGGAGCAUUUGGAAAAGUUGUUGAAGCCUCUGCAUUUGGCAUUGACAAGGUGUCUACUUGCAAAACAGUGGCUGUGAAAAUGCUGAAAGCGGGAGCUACAAAUAAUGAGUGGAAAGCUUUAAUGUCUGAAUUAAAGAUUCUCAUCCAUAUUGGCCAUCAUCUCAAUGUGGUGAAUUUGCUAGGAGCCUGCACAAAGCGUGGAGGUCCACUAAUGAUAAUUGUGGAGUAUUGCAAGUAUGGAAACCUUUCCAACUACUUAAGGAGUAAGAGGGGUGACUUUGUAGUUUACAAGUCUCAGGAUGGUAAAGCCCUGCGUUCUAGCUCUGGGUGUGACCUCAGCGAGCUCAUCAAGCGCAGGUUGGAGAGUGUGGCCAGCACCGGAAGUUCAGCUAGCUCCGGCUUCAUUGAAGAUAAGAGCUACUGUGACUCAGAGGAAGAAGAGGAAGAGCCAGAGGAUUUGUAUAAGAAAGUGCUCACAUUGGAAGACUUGAUUUGCUACAGCUUUCAAGUGGCUAAAGGCAUGGAGUUCUUGGCUUCACGAAAAUGCAUUCACCGUGAUCUGGCCGCACGUAACAUCUUGUUGUCCGAAAACAACGUUGUGAAGAUUUGUGAUUUUGGACUUGCAAGAGAUGUAUACAAGGACCCAGACUAUGUCCGCAAAGGAGACGCCAGACUUCCCUUAAAGUGGAUGGCACCAGAGGCAAUAUUUGACAAGAUCUAUACCACUCAGAGCGAUGUGUGGUCUUUCGGAGUGCUUAUGUGGGAGAUCUUCUCUCUCGGUGCCUCCCCUUACCCUGGCUUACACAUUGAUGAGGAAUUCUGCUGCCGAUUGAAGGAGGGCACCAGGAUGAAAGCUCCUGAAUACUCCUCCUCUGAAAUAUAUCAAACCAUGUUAGACUGCUGGCAUGGAGAACCAUCCCAGAGGCCCAAUUUCACAGAACUUGUUGAGAGGCUGGGAGAUCUGCUUCAGGCUAGUGUGCAGCAGGAGGGAAAGCAUUACAUCCCAGUCAAUACUCUGUUGACCAAAGACGAUCCUUCAAACCCUACAGAGGAGACCUCUACCAGACCAGUCUCUCUUAGAGACUCGGGGACGGCCUGGAACAUCAAGAUACGGCCUGGAAGUGUAAAGACCUUCGAUGAAGUAAUUCUGGAGAAUAGAACCAGCAAUAUCCAUGAGGGUGGGCAGUCAGACAGUGGGAUUGGUCUAUCUUCAGAUGACCUGAAGACACUAAAGCAACUGGAAUCACUGGCUCGAGCGAUGAAGAGGAAAAGUAAAGAGUCAGUUCGGUUGGAGGGGGAUAAAGACAAAUACCCACCACCUGUCCCUUCACUGGACUUGAGUCUGGAGGACUCCUUUCUUGAUCCAGAGCAGGAAUGUCAUAGCCCACCACCAGAUUAUAACUACGUGGUCCGUUACUCUACACCACCUGUCUGAAAAGGUCUGCACUCCUACGCCACCAGAAGUCUCGCCCAGUUUCGAAGGAUCUGAUUGGUUGGGUCAAUUCUGUCUCUGCACAUUUGAUAUAACAGAUGUUUGUCCCACUUUAUUCUUGUUUUUAUCUUUUUUUCUUUGCUGAAAUGAUUGCAUGUUCGUGAGUCAAAAUUGUCAUUUAAAGCGAAACAUGUCAAGAAUUUUUGUCUUUUAUUUUCUGAGCACUUUUUCAAGGUAGUGCAUUUCAGGUAGUGUAUGAGUACAGUAAUCAAAGCACUGGGCUGCCACUCAGUAUCACUGUGACAGUUACAGAUACAGCUAUAGACCACCUCAGGUAUUCCUACUAUCUACUGUGAACACAAUAAGCACAACUUAUUACAGUAACGGCACUGCUUUCCUCAGUAAAAUGGCAGAUUCUUCAUACAAAGUGGUGGCGAGUCAGUAAAUCAUUCUUUAGUAAAAUCAGUCUUUAGAAAAAAGACAAUAAAAUAUUUUUAUUUUACUUUAUAUUUUAGUUGUAGGCAAAUGUUUUAUUGAAAUGAAAACUGGAAUCCUGCUUUCGUGAUAUUGUAUUUUUAUUUUGCAAUAAUUAUUAUUUCAGAGCUUACAAGAGCUAAUUCUUUUUUAAUAUAUAUAUUUUUUCUUUAAAACAGAUUUCACUUGUGUUUUACUCAGACCUCUCUAAAACAAUUUUUUAAGGCAACUGCAGGAAAACUGUCAAAGGACCACAGAUCAUGAAUCAUUGAAUGUGCAGUCUGAAAUAUAAAUUGCAGGACACACUGAUCAUUGACUCUUUGGAUGCACAUUGUAUUCCCAGGUUCUGCCACGCCUGUCUGAGGAUCGCUUUCCUGCGUCUUGCUCAGUGAAACCAAAAUGAAUCAUUUCUGUUUCACCAUAUAGUAUUUUUUAUGUGGUAGAAGAUCUUAGUUUUGUCUUAAAUUAAUACGGAUUAGAUAAAUUAAGCUUUUAAAGAACAUUUAAAAUGACCACUUCAUUAGUCAAGUUUAAUGCCUAUAAGUGUGUAGGGCAGGGCAGAAUUUCUUAUGGGUGCUUUUACUGUAAAAGCAUCUUGGAAAGCCUUCAAUAAUUUAAUAAGACACAUUUAGUAAAUUAUUGAUCACAUGUGGACCACAAUAAAAAGGCCUGGCUCUAUUCAACAGUAGCUACACUGCAAUGUGUAAUUUCCUUAUUUUAUGCUGUUUACACUACUGUAGACGUAACAACACAUAGUAUAUUGUGCAGCUAUUAAUCAGAUUGUUCACAAGAAAAGUACUCUGAAUGAUUCAGUAGUCUAUUGUGCUAAAAUACUACUAAAGCUUGCAGGGCAGGCUGAAGGAACACAAAGAACAUAUGAUAUUGUCAACAGGCUGGUCACUACAUACAAAUAUAGUAAAGUGUGUGCACACAUUAGAUAUAAUCUGUAUUAACUCCUUAACAAUUGUAUAUAAAUUAAA